UUGAUUUUAACGUGUAUAAAAGUCUGGGUUUUUUUUUGUGUGUUUCUGUUGUUUGAUCAAUCUAUAAACAUGGUUUCCAGUUGUUGUUUAGACCAAUUCAACAUGUUGUCCACCGAUGAUUCCCGAGUCAUGAAUCGGAUCCCCCGAGUCAAUAAGGUCCCCGGGCUCGUCCCUGAAUCGGAAGACGAUGAGCAACAGAGCGUGCCGAGGAAAAGGGUUAUCGUCGUUUCCAAUCAGUUGCCUUUACGUGUCUGGAGGGACGACGACGACAAAGAAUGGCGCUUUGAAUUCGACGAGAACGAUCUCUUGGCUCAGCUGAGAGACGCUUUCCCUCCCGACACGGAGGUCCGGUACGUCGGAACGUUGAAAGCCGACGUCGACGCGGCGGAUCAAGACGAGGUGGCCGGAUUCCUCCGCGAGAAGAUGAGCUGCGAAACCAUAUUCCUCCCCGUCGAGAUGCGCAACCUGUUCUAUCACGGCUUCUGUAAGCACUACCUAUGGCCUUUGUUCCAUUACAUGAUGCCGAAGCCCGGAAGCGACGGCGUACGUUUCGACCGCGCGCAGUGGACGGCUUACGUGUCGGCCAACAAAAUAUUUGCGGACAAAGUCCUUGAAGUCAUGUUCAGAGACGAUGAAGACGGGGACCAUGUAUGGGUGCAUGACUAUCAUCUCAUGGCUUUACCUAGCUUUUUGAGAAGAAGGUGCAACAGGGUAAAGCUUGGUUUUUUUCUACACAGUCCCUUCCCUUCAUCUGAUAUUUACAAAACUUUACCUGUUCGAGAUGACAUUCUUAGAGCUCUGUUGAAUUGUGACAUGAUCGGCUUCCAUACAUUUGAUUAUGCUAGACACUUCUUGUCUUGUUGUAGAAGGAUUCUGGGUUUGCAUUCUGAGUCCAAUAGGGGCCACAUUGCUUUAGAAUAUUAUGGUAGGCCUGUGACCAUCAAGAUCUUGCCUGCUGGGAUUCAUAUGAAGCAGGUUGGAUCUGUCAUCUCCGAGGAACAUACCAUUAGGAUGGUUAAGGAGUUGAGGGAUCAAUACGAGGGGAAGAUUCUGAUGAUCGGCGUCGACGAUUUGGAUUUGUUCAAGGGGAUUCCUGAGAAAUUUGCAGCCGUGGGGGAGCUUUUGGAAAGGAAUGAAGAAUUGAGAGGCAAGGUUGUUUUGGUACAGAUUACUAAUCCGGCUAGGAGUUUAGGCCGGGAUGUGCAACAACUUCUUGAUGAGGCCAAUAGCAUUGCCAGGGAUGUCAAUACCAAGUAUGGGAAACCCGGCUACGAGCCGAUCAUUUUCGUGAAGGGACCGAUCACUACCCUAGAGAAGCUCGCGUAUUACGCGGUGGCCGAGUAUUGUGUGGUGACUCCUGUGAGAGAUGGGAUGAAUUUGGUUCCAUAUAAGUAUACUGUUUGUAGGCAGGGCUGCCCUGCUUUGGAUAAGGCAUUAGGGGUAGAUGAAAACUCACCUCCCAAGCAUAGUGUGAUCAUUGUCUCUGAAUUCAUUGGCUGCUCACCGUCACUGAGCGGGGCGAUCCGUGUCAAUCCGUGGGACAUUACCGAAAUGGCUAGUGCAAUGUGUACUGCCAUUACUUUACCGGACACGGAGAAACACUUGCGCCACGAGAAGCAUUACAAGUAUAUUAGUUCUCAUGAUGUUUCGUACUGGGCUUGGAGUUUCGAUCAGGACCUCGUGAGAGCCUGUAGUGAUCAUUAUCACAAGAGGUAUUGGAGAGUCGGACUUGGUUUUGCAUUUAGGCUUGUUGCCAUGGAGCCUAACUUCAGGAAGCUAAUAGGGGAUACUCUCAACUCUUCCUACAAGAUAACCAGUAGCCGACUGAUCCUUUUGGACUAUGACGGGACAAUGAUGCCGCCGACUUCGGUAAACAAGGGGCCUAGUCAUGAAGUUAUUUCUGUCCUGAAUCGAUUAUGCAGUGACCCGAAAAACGUUGUUUUCAUCGUGAGCGGCAGAGAUCGGGGAACCCUGAGCAAGUGGUUUUCUUCAUGUGAGAAAUUGGGUAUUGCAGCCGAGCAUGGAUUCUUUAUAAGGUGGACUAGGGACUCCCCAUGGGAAACCUCCUGCUCAAUGGACUUGAGUUGGAAAGAGGUCGUUGAACCUAUAAUGCAACUUUACACCGAGACAACCGAUGGGUCGUGCAUCGAGAACAAAGAAACCGGGGUCGUCUGGCACUAUCAAGACGCCGAUCCCGAUUUCGGUUUAUGCCAAGCUAAGGAGCUUCAUGACCACUUGGAGAAUGUCCUGGCCAAUGAGCCUGUUGUUGUUAAAAAGGGGGAACACAUAGUUGAGGUCAAGCCACAGGGAGUGAGCAAAGGCAAUGUCGUAGAAAAUGUGAUCUCAAGCAUGAGGAGCAAGGGCAAGGCACCGGAUUUCCUGCUUUGCAUAGGCGACGAUCGUUCCGACGAAGAUAUGUUCGAGAGCAUCACUCGUUCAUCCGCCAACCCCAUCUUGCCCACCAUAGCAGAGAUAUUCGCAUGCACGGUCGGUCUAAAACCAAGCAGGGCAAAAUACUACGUCGACGACAUUGUUGAUGUCAUCGGACUGCUUCGAGGCGUUCCGGAAGCAGCAUCGGUACAGCCAAGCUGACUUAGAGAAACCAAUAAAAAAAGAGAGAUUACAUCAGGAUUUGUUUAGGGCUAAUGAUAUAGGAAAAACCUUGUGCAGGCUAUACCUUUUAACAGAUUCCAUUACUUAGAAACGCUAUACUUCUGGUUCAUGUUCUUUUAUUAUACUUUUAAAUAUCAAGCACAGUUC